UUACAAACAAGCCCGUCCAAAGUACAAAAAGUCAUUGGAUACAACACCCAACAACAUAAAUACCUUACUGAACUCCAACGCUCAAGAAAUACCGUAAGUCUUAAAAAUACAAAGUCAGACAAUGAAGGCAUCAUGAUCUUCAAUCACGAGUCAACUGCAUUUGAUAUCCCUAGGCAAACCAUCAAUUUUGACUAUCAAAAAACAGAAAAUCUCCAGCCACCACUGUCCAUCUCAAGUCAAGCGACAAACAUCCAUAUUUCCGAAGUGCCAACCUUGAAGCUUAGCCAGAUCAUAAAGACCACAGCAACCAUAUCAUUCGGAAACCAACCCCCAAACGCUGUUUUCUUCUUCAGAACGGGAGAAACCCUACACGUUGAAGAAGAUUGUAUUGCUGACGACAGCUCUGGGACAACAGAACUUCAUCUCUGGGAGCCACUUAAUAAUAGAAUUCAGCACAACAAAAUGUACCUCUUCAAAAACCUUGUUAUCAAGUCUUACAAAGGUGUCGCACAGCUCACUUCAAGGACUGAUACUUCUUUUGAAGAGAGAAACCGGCAAGUCCACCCAAUAACUGGCCACAACGUUCUUGAAGAAAAAGAAACUUAG